AUGAGUUCAGGAAAAACUAGAGAUGUAAAAAAACAUAUUCUUUUUGAGGUAUCAAUGGAAGUUUCAAACAGAGUUGGUGGAAUUUAUUCAGUCCUUAAAUCAAAAGCACCUGUUACAUCUAUGGAGUAUUCUUAUGAUCGUUAUAUUGCUAUUGGGAAGAUUACAGAAUCAGCAAUUAAUUUUGAAGUUGAACAGCUUACUACUGAGGAUCAGCCUACACUUCAUGAAACAUUACAAUAUAUGAAAAAAAGAGGCAUAAAUUAUAUUUAUGGAAGAUGGUUAAUUGAUGGUGCACCUCGAGUUCUUUUAUUUGAUUUAGAUAAUGCUUAUCACUGGUUAAAUGAAUGGAAAGGCGAUUUAUGGAAUACUACUGGCAUUCCUUCUCCUCCAGAUGAUUUGGAAACUAAUGAAGCAAUUGUUUUCGGUUACAUAGUAGCCUGGUUUUUAGGAGAAUUUAUUUCUCAUGAGCAUGAAAGAGCUGUUGUAGUUCAUUUUCAUGAAUGGCUUGCUGGUGUAGCAUUGCCACUUUGUAGAAAACGUAAACUAGACUUAACAACUAUUUUUACUACACAUGCAACUUUACUCGGACGCUAUCUUUGUGCAGAUAAUGCAGAUUUUUAUAAUAAUUUACAACACUUUGAUGUAGAUUAUGAGGCAGGAAGGAGAGGAAUUUACCAUAGGUAUUGUAUAGAGCGUGCUGCAGCUCACAGCGCAGAUGUCUUUACGACAGUAUCACAUAUUACUGCUUACGAAAGUGAGCAUUUGUUGAAAAGAAAACCAGAUGGUGUUUUGCCUAAUGGUCUUAAUAUUAUAAAAUUUGCAGCAAUUCAUGAACUUCAAAAUCUACAUGCUAUAUCUAAACAAAAAAUAAGUGAAUUUGUGCGCGGGCAUUUUUAUGGCCAUAAUGACUUCGAUCUUGAUAAUACACUGUAUUUUUUUACAUCUGGAAGAUAUGAAUAUAGAAAUAAAGGCGUUGAUUUAUAUAUCGAAAGUCUUGCUCGGUUAAAUGGACGUAUGAAAGGAUCUGGUAGUAAAAUGACUGUAAUUGCAUUUAUUAUUAUGCCUGCUGCUACACAUUCAUAUACCGUUGAGGCUUUAAAGGGACAAGCAGUCAUGAAAUCUUUACAAAAUACUGUUGAACAUAUUCAAAAAGAAAUAGGCCAACGGAUUUUUGAAAAAUGUUGCCAGCAUUCAAAAGAUUCUGAUGAAGACUUUAUUGAUACAACAAAUCUUUUAACAGACCAAGAUAAAAUUUUACUUAAACGGCGAAUGUUUGCAUUAAAAAGGUCAACAUUGCCACCAAUUGUUACACAUAAUAUGGCAGAUAAUAAUGAUCCAAUUUUAACACAAAUUAGAAGAGUUCAAUUGUUUAAUUCUAAGGAAGAUAGAGUUAAAAUAAUUUUUCAUCCUGAAUUUUUAAACUCAAAUAAUCCAAUAUUAUCUCUCGAUUAUGACGAUUUUGUACGUGGGUGCCAUCUUGGUAUUUUUCCUUCAUAUUAUGAACCAUGGGGUUAUACACCAGCCGAAGCUAUAGUUAUGGGUGUUCCUAGUGUAACAACGAAUAUUUCAGGUUUUGGAUGUUAUAUGGAAGAUAUAAUUGAAAAUCCAUCUGAUUAUGGUAUUUAUAUUGUUGAUAGAAGAAUGAAAUCAGUUGAUGAAAGUAUAAAUCAACUUACAAAUAUUAUGUAUAAUUUUACAACUAAAACACGGAGACAACGUAUUAAUCAGCGUAACCGUUGUGAAAGAUUAAGUGAUUUCUUGGAUUGGAAAAUUAUGGGUCUUGAAUAUAUUAAAGCACGACAACUCGCAUUAAGGCGUGCUUAUCCUAAUAGUUUUAAUGAUGAUUUAAUAGAAAAAAGUACAAACUUGACAUUAAAGAGUGUAAUUAAAGUUCCUCGACCUUUAUCGGCUCCUGCAAGUCCGAAAUAUCGAAAUAGUUUAGUAUCUAUACAGGAUUUAAAUGAUAUUGAAGAAGAUAUACAAAAUUUUCAUACGAGUGAUUAUAUUUCAAAUAAAAUUGGUGAUAAUGGUGAAGAAGUUAGUUUCUAUGUUUAA